AUGGCACCCCCAUUCACCCCAGCUCUUCCAUCUCUCCUCUAUUGCUACCCCUGGAUGCCGUUCCCUCGCCGCAUCACCAUCUACCUCCACGAGAAGCAGAUCUCCUCUACCCUCGUCAAGACUGUUCGCGUCUCCGAUCCGCAGGACGGCGACGAGGUGGUUGAUAGGUCCUUCCCAUCUAGACCGCGUGGCAGUCUGCCCAUCCUCGCCGUUCGGUCUGACGCAAAUGACGAAGACGGAAAGCCCAGCCAAUGGUUCCACGUGAGACAGUCCAUGGCCAUUAUCAACUCUCUGGAGGAGCUUUGCGAGCAGAAGCUUUAUGGCUUUGACUCGCCAAUGGGAAGUCUGUUUGGGAGAGACCUGAUGGAGCAAGUGAGGGUCAAUGAGGUACUAAUCUUGGCUGAAGAGCUUACUGUCAUUUGGAACCCCGUCCGCACCUUCGGCACGAAGGCAGGAACCAUGUCCUACCCUCAGGGGGCUAGAGAAAUGCUCCGUUGGGUGCGUCGUCCACUCCUGGCCAUAGAGAAAUGGUGGCAAGAGUCCGAUCGCGAUGUCUGCUUCUCCGAGCCGGGAAUUUCGACCCUGUGA